AUGAAGCGGCCGAAGCUGAAGAAAGCGAGCAAGCGCAUGACGUGCCACAAGCGCUUCAAGAUCCAGCGCAAGGUCCGAGAGCACCAUAGGAAAUUGAGAAAGGAGGCGAAAAAAAGAGGUCCUAAGAAACCGAGAAAAGACCCUGGUGUUCCCAAUAGCGCCCCCUUCAAGGAAGCUCUUCUCCGGGAAGCUGAACUGAGGAAGCAGAGGCUUGAAGAACUUAAACAGCAGCAAAAACUGGAUAGGCUGAAGGAACAGCAAAAGAGAAGAAACCUUGACACGGAUACUGUUGUUAAGCCAUCUGAUGAACCUGUGAAGAAGGAAUUGGAGCAACGUGAAGCUAAGAAGAAAUCCAAGUCAGGCAAACAGAACCCGAAGAAGUUGUAUUGUCAGGAGCUCAAAAAGGUGAUUGAAGCUUCUGAUGUUGUGCUAGAGGUACUGGAUGCCCGAGAUCCUAUUGGUUGCAGAUGUCCUCAGGUAGAAGAGGCCAUUGUCCAAGGUGGACAGAAAAAGCUGGUGCUUGUUCUAAAUAAAUCAGACUUGGUACCAAAGGAGAAUUUGGAGAACUGGCUGACAUAUCUGAAGAAGGAAUUGCCAACAGUCGUGUUCCGAGCCUCAACCUAUCUGAAGAACAAAGGGAAGAUAGUCAAGGUGAGACGGAAACCUGCAUUCAGAAGUGAAGUAUGUGUUGGGAAAGAAGGUCUUUGGAAGCUUCUUGCAAGUUUUCAGGAAGCUCAUGGCAAACCCAUUCAGGUUGGAGUUGUUGGUUUCCCAAAUGUGGGGAAAAGCAGCGUCAUUAAUAGCUUAAAACAGGAGCAAAUCUGCCCGGUUGGUGUCUCCAUGGGGCUUACAAGGAGCAUGCAGGUUGUUCCCUUGGACAAACACAUCACAAUGAUAGAUAGCCCAAGCUUCAUCGUGUCUCCGCUCAACUCUGCCACUGCACUUGCUCUGAAAAGUCCAGCAAGCAUUGAAGAAUUAAGACCACUGGAGGCUGCCAGUGCCAUCCUGACCCAAGUUGAUGCUCGGCAGAUAGUAUUGAAGUAUACUCUCCCAGACUUUAAGGAUUCUCUGGAAUUUUUUGCUUUUCUUGCUCAAAGAAGAGGACUGCACCAGAAAGGUGGAAGCCCAAAUGUAGAUAGUGCUGCCAAGCUUCUGUGGUCAGAAUGGACAGGUGCCACCUUAAGUUACUAUUGUCAACCUCCUGUAUCCUGGACCCCUUCUCGACAUUUCAAAGAGAAGACUGUGUCAGACAUGAAGUUGGGCUUUAAUCUGGACCAACUGGAGAAGCACAAUGCACGCAACAUACAAGUCCUGAAAGGCCCUCGGUCAGAUAAUAGCAUCCUUUUCCAGUCUUCGGGUCUGACAAAUGGAAUAAUCGAUGAAAAUGAUAUAUCUGAAGAAUUGCCAAAAAAGAGGAAGCAGGAGCAGUGGGAGGACUGUGAAGAGAAAGAGAGUGACCUGGAGGGUGAAGGAGCUGAUGCCAGUAUUUUGCCUGAAACCUGUUCAGACAUGUGCCCUGCAGACGAGGCCUGGGAGGUAAAGUCUGAGGUGUUGCCUGCAGAUGAACAGUCUACACAACCUCUUGUUUCAGAUGAAGUAACUGAAGAUGAUGCUUACGACUUUAGUACAGACUAUGUAUAAGAGAACUAUGUGCUUA